AUGGCGAUGAUGAUGGCCGGCCGUGUGCUGCUGGUGUGUGCCCUCUGCGUGCUGUGGUGCGGUGCCGGCGGUGUUUAUGCGAGGGACGUUGACACCAACGCACUGGGUGGCUGCAUGGCGUCGGGAGUGUUGGGUGAGAAUGGAUCCCACAUGCCUGACGGAUGUAAUAAAACUGCGAUUACGGUGCUUUUGCGGUCAAUACUGCCCAUUACUGUUGUCGAAGCCUCAGAUGGAAAAGCUGGUGCUCUUGCAACAAAGAACGAUUCGAAUUCAAGUGAGGCUUCCGACGCUGGUGUUAAUGGUUCUGGCUCUGCUGCUGUUCCUGGUGCUGGAGAUUCUGAUGUUGGUGAAAGGGCUCCUGCUGCUGCUGAUGGUGGAGGCAGUGGAACUUCUACUGGCAAUCAUGGCACCGGCAGCGUUUCUUCUGGUUCAUCUGAAGGUCCUUCAGAUCCUCCUGCUGCUCCUGGUGUUGAUUCUUCAGCUGGCAGCAGUGAUGGUAAAGCGGGGUCACCAGGCACUAAUCCAUCUAACACAACAGGGGACUCUCCAACAGGAAAUCAGACGCCUGCAGCAGCAGAGGCUAACGACACCUCGCCACCCGAAAGACUGGCAGGAACGACAUCCGGCACUGAACAAAAAGGAAAAGAAAAAGAAGAGGAAGAAGAAAAUGAAAAGCAGCAGCAGAGUGAUGAAACACAAGUCCAACAACAUCAACAGCAUGAACACCCCGCGGAAAAUGGCGAAGAAUCCGCGAAAGAUAAAACUGCUCUUCGUACAAAUGCCACCGCAAAUACAGGCGACAGUGACGGCAGCACCGCGGCCUCCCACACCACCUCCCCUCUUUUUCUUCUUCUUCUUCUUGUUGUGUGUGCGGCUGCUGCUGCGGUGGUGGCCGCGUGA